AUGUCCACCUUCCUGACUGGUAAUCCACAUCUGAAGGGCUAUACGCUCUCCAGACUGAUUGACUUCACAUGUUCUGUUGCAUUUAUCCUUUUCGGAUAUGAACAAGGUGUGAUGGGAGGUGUGAUCACAGGACCGCAGUUCACGCAACGCUUCCCGUCGAUUGACACAACGAGUGGACAUGGAAACGCGCAGCUUCACCGGUUCACUGUGGGAAUCUAUAAUAUAGGCUGUUGGGCGGGUUCUUUGCUUACAAUGGUAAUCGGAGAACCACUAGGCCGUAAGAGGACUAUCAUUGUCGGGGCCAUCAUCCUGGCUGCCGGCACAAUCAUACAAUGCUCUUCAUAUUCCCUGGCUCAGCUCCUGGUGGGUCGAAUGAUUACUGGUACCGGAAAUGGGAUUAUCACGUCAUCUAUCCCGGUGUGGCAUGCCGAACUCAGCAAAGCAAAAUCACGGGGGAAACUCAUUACUACAGAGCUUUCUACCAAUGUCUCUGUAGCGUACUGGGUGGACUGCGGGAUGUCAUUCGUGAACAAUGAAGCAGCCUGGCGAUUUCCCAUUGCUCUUCAAGUCUUCUUUGCUGUAUCCACGAUUGUUUUCAUCAUCCUGAAAGCGGCGCCGUAG